AUGACGGCCGCGCCCGCCGGUCCAUUUCGUGGGCCAACGCCAGCUCGUGGGACCGCGAGGGACGCGCACAAGCAGGCUGUCUUCUCUCAAUUCAAGGCCGUCUGCGUCCCUCUCCUCGAACUUGCCCGCGCACCCUCGUCCGGCCAGGCCACCCGCACCAUCAUCGACCUCGCCGUCAAGCUCACCGACCUCCUGCGCGCCACGCCGACCGAUGCCUUCUCCACCGCGCUCGCCAACUACGCCUUCUUCCCGCUGUCGGCCCUCCUCCGCCCGCCGCUCGACGGCCGCGACCGCGGCGACCGCGUCCUCGAGGUCACCAUGCUCGCCCUCGCCGCCCUCAUCGUCCAGUGGCGCGCCGUCGGCAUGGACGUGCGCGUCCGGCAGGAGCUGUGGACCAUGACGGCCCUCUCGCUCGGCGGGCCGCUCGACCCGUCCGGCCCGAGCAAGGGCGCCGCCGCGGCGAGGGCCAAGGGCAAGGGCAAGGCUGUCGAGCGCACCGAGGAGGCCGAGCUCGCCAUGGUCGAGGCGCUCCUCGCCCUCAUGCGCCCCGACGAGCGAGGAGACGUGGCACGAGACGACGGCGACGACCACGACGACGACCCGCUCGGCGAGCGCAUCGACUGGGACCGCGUCGACGCCUCCUUCGACAAGCCGCCACAGCGAGCGAGCGACCCGCCACCGCCCGUGCCCAUCCUCUUCCACACCCUCACGACCCUCCUCGCCCUCGCGGCAGAACCGACCUCCCUCCUCCAGCUCCAGCUCUCCUCCCUCGACGCCCUUCAGAUCCUCUUCACCGAGUACCUCGCGCACCCUGCGCCGAGCGCGACGGUCCCGCAUCCUGUCGACGGCCCGUCGCCCCUCCUCGCGACCGCGCUCCCCGGCACGGCGUCGACCCUCUCGCGCGUUGCCCUCUCGAUGCCGAGCUCGUCCGCGUCCGAGUACGGCAAGUCGACGCGCCGGCAGGCAUCGCCCGUCGUCGUCGCCGCGCUGCAGACGCUCGCGCGCGUCAUCGUCGAGUCGGUCGGCGACGAGGUGACGCGCUCGCUGCGCUCGGGCUCGGGCGCACCAGGCGACGAGUCGAGCCCGCACCCGGCGACGCUCGAAGAACUCGUCGAGGCGAGCAUGGUCAACCUCGGGCUCGAGGCGGCAGCAGACGAGGGCGAGGCGGACGAUGCGCUCGAGCCGCCAGACCACCCUUCAGCACCUGCGCCUGCACCUCCUCCUACCGCCGCCGGCCCCGUCAUACCUACGCCCUCGUGGCUCGCCUUCACCCUCACGUCCCUGUCGACCCUCUUUGCCGCCCUCUCACCGCUCUCGACGCACGACUCGGCCGCCGUCCGCAUCGCCCUCGUCGCCCUCCUGUCCGACGUCCUCGCGCUCUGCUCGGCCACGCUCGGCACACACGCCGAGAUCAUGAUCGAGGGCCUUCUCGCCCUCGCGAGCGAUGAGUGGGACGCGGUCCGUGCGCCCGCUCGGCGCGCCCUCCUCGCCGCGUUCGGUCUCCCGCGCAGCGGCGCCGACGACGACGAGGCGCAGCACCCGCUCGCUCUCGCGGCGAGGAUCGUCCAGCGGCGGCUCGCAGCCCUGCCCGGCGCGCUGCGCAGGCAGGACGAGCACGCCGUCCGGCGCGGCGCGGCCAUCGUCCGCACGGCGCUCGACCUCGUUCCUGCCGCCGCCGCAGCAGCAGCGAGCGCCUCGUCGCCCGCCGCCGCCCGCCGAGCGCCGAGCCCGCUCCACGGCGUCGACCGGUGGAGCUGGGCGCUGCUCGGCGCGCUCGAGGUCGAGCGCGUGCCCGCCGCGGGCCGAGCGGCCGAGGGCGGCAUGGCGCUCGCGUGGAUCACGUCGUCGGGCGACUCGCCGUCGUCCAGUGCGGCCGGCGUCGACGCGACGGCGUACCCGCCCGUGCGGCUGCGCGGCGUCAACGAGGCGGCGACGGUCCGUGCGCUCGAGGCGCUGUGGGAGGCGCUCGGGCGCGCGAGCGCGGCGGCGGGCCAGGCGGGCGAGGCCGUCGACCAGUUCGCCGGCGUUGCACUCGGGCCGAGGAGGGACGAGGGGCCGGCGGUGAGCGCGCUGUGGGUCCUCGACGGCGUGCUCAAGGGGAUGGGCGGCGCGCACGGUGCGCGAGGGUCGGCGGCAGGCUCGAGGGAGCAGCGGCAGGUGUUCAAGCGGGCGACGAGGGCGGUUCUCGCGCUCAUGGAGGACCUCGAGGACGCGUCGGCUGAGGAAGAGGAGCAGGAGCCGGCGGCUGUGGGCCGAGGGGACGAGGAGCACGGUCGGGACCUCCUCGUCGCCGACGACGACGCCGACGAGCGCAGCUCGACGUUUCGCCUCGUCGAGCACAAGAAGGGCGUCACGGACGUGCCUUCCCUCGACGCGUACAACCCUGUCGCGGCGCGAGCGACCUCUCGAGACCAACGGGCGUCGCACCUCGUCCUCCUGUCGUCCUUCUCGCUCCGCCUCCUCGCCACCUCGGCAGCAGCUCUGUCGUCAUCGUUCCAGCCCUUCCUCAUGCAGUCCCUCUACCACGUCCUCGCCCACCUGUCGCCGACGACGCACCCGUUCCUGCGCGCCCACGCCCAGCAUACGCUCGCCCUCAUCUCGGACGCGACGGCGUACGCCUCGCCGCACAACCUCGUCCUCGCCAACGUCGACUACGUCGUCAACUCGGUGUCGCAGCGCCUAUCGGUGUCGCGCCUCGAGCCCAACGCGCCGCUCGUCCUCGUCGAGAUGAUCCGGCUCGUCGGCAAGCCGAUCGUGCCCAUGGUCCAGGACCUCGUCGACGACGUCUUCGAGGCGCUCGACGACUACCACGGGUACGAGGAGGUGACGGUCGGCCUGUGGGCCGUCCUCGACGCGCUCCUCAAGGUCAUGGUCGAGGACCUUCCGGCGACGGCCGACGACUUGUCGCGCCGGUCGGCGGCGACCAAGGACGUGCCUCGCCCGGUCCCGGCCGACGACCUGCGCGACCUCGAGCAGUGGCUGGCGCAUCGGCUCGACGAGCCGCCUGUCGACGCUGCCGCCGCCGACGGCUCGUCGACGAGGGCCGACCUUCCCGAGGAGAACCCGCAGCAGCCGUUCGCCUCGACGCGCCAAGACGACUCGACGACGUCUCCACCCGCAGAAGGCGACGACGGCAAGCCCAUCGACCCGUCGUUCGCCUCGGAUGCCGUCGCGCCGCCAACUCGCCCUCAGCGCGUCACGGCGCAGAUCCUGCACAAGGCGCUCUACUUCCUGUCGCACCCGUCGGCCUUUCUCCGCGCCCGGGUCCUCUCCCUCUUCGCCUCGGCCGUCCCGCUCCUCACGCUGCCGCCCCUCUCGGACGACGCCGCCGCCCCGACCUCGACCUCGACCCCGGCGCCCCCGACCGCCACGACCCGCGAGGCCGACCUCCUCCCGGUCGUGCACCGCGCGUGGCCCCUCAUCCUCCUGCGCCUCGCGCCGCCGCCGAGGGAGGAAGCGCCCGUCGCGCUCGAGGCCGUCCGGCUCGUGCAAGCGCUCGCCGAGCACGCGGGCGAGUACAUGAGCCGGCGCAUCGCCGACGACGUGUGGCCUCGCUUCGCCGCGCUCCUCGUGCCGGCGUCGGUCUCGGUGCCGGCGAGCGCGACGGCGGCCGCCGGCCUCGGGCGCUAUAGCGCGCAGCACCGGCUGCACGCCGCCGUCCUCUCGGCGAUGCGGGCCAUCGCGCGCCACGUCCCGAUGAAGGAGCCCCAGGUGUGGGACGCGGCGCUCGUCCUGCGGCGGUUCGUCGUGCCCGUGCCCGAGCGCGGCGGCGUCGAGCCCGAGCUGCGCGUGCUCGCGAGGGGCGCGUACGAGGCGCUCGGGCGGCAGAACGCCGACGCGGUGUGGUGCGUGUUGCGGGGCACGGUGGGAGGGGAGGGCGCAGAAGGGCUGCCGAGGUGGCUCGGCAAGGGGUGGGAGGGCGUCGAGGCGAGCGCAGAGGUCGAGGAGAUCCUGGCGCAGCUGUAGAGGCGUGCAAAGACGAAGUGCUCCUCUC